AUGACUGAAUAUUGUCCUAUAUAUGCACCAAUUUUUGGAGCUUUAGGUUGUGCCUCAGCUAUCGUCUUUACAUGUUUUGGUGCAGCAUACGGUACAGCCAAGGCUGGUGUAGGUCUGUCAGCAAUGGGAGUUCUGCGUCCUGAUUUGGUUAUGAAGGCUAUUGUACCAAUUGUUAUGGCUGGUAUUAUUGGUAUUUAUGGAUUGGUCGUGGCUGUCUUGAUUACCGACGGACUUAAACAAAAGAUGCCUUUAUAUACUGGUUUCAUUCAGCUCGGAGCUGGUUUAAGUGUUGGGCUCGCUGGUCUUGCGGCUGGUUUUGCUAUUGGUGUUGUUGGCGACGCAGGUGUACGUGCGACUGCACAACAGCCACGGUUAUUUGUUGGAAUGGUGUUGGGUCUUUAUGGAUUAAUUGUUGGAUUGAUUCUAAAUACCAAAGCUAGUGGUGAUGUUACAUGUUAA